CUGUCCUUCAUCUCUCAUCCACUCUGUGCCCAAGACGCGAACGGCGACCACACCGCGAUCUUGAAUCAUCCCGUGCCCCAUUCAGCACAACCUGUCGUGGGCUCGGAACUCUCCCGAGUGCCCGCUCAGCCGUCACCUCACGUUACUCCAUCCACAAGAGCUUGGCAUCAAUGCCCGCGCAACGUGGCCGCGAUAACAACAUUGCGCUGACUACGUUUUCGUUUUCCGACCCCGGCAUCAUCGACAACAACAUGGCACACGGCUCCGGCGAGGAAGAGCCCGGAUGGGACAGCGGCGUAGUUGAAGAGUCUCAGGCUCUGCUGGGAAGUUAUGAACGGGACGACAGGUUGAUGUCUCAACGUCAGAGUGUCGGGCCUAGGCAGGGAAAGACCGUAUCUGCUUCUAGCUCACGAACAAUACCUCUGCCUGCACAAGGAGCCAGAUCUCAGUACCCACCAAACUUGAUACGAAAUCAGAAGUACUCGAUCUUGUCAUUCCUGCCGAUAGUGUUCUAUGAGCAGUUCAAGUUCUUCUUCAACUUUUAUUUCCUUGUUGUGGCCCUCAGCCAGUUCAUUCCGGCGUUAAAGAUCGGCUACAUUGUGACCUAUGUCGCCCCUUUGGCAUUCGUCCUCGCAGUGACCAUGGGCAAGGAGGCGUAUGACGACUACUGCCGAUAUCAACGUGACCGCGAGGCCAAUUCGACACGCUAUCUCGUCCUUCUCUCUCACGAACCUGUCGAUCCAUCCAACCCUCCUGCGUAUGACCUCCCCAGACCACAGACUCGAUCCACACCGUCCUCCGGGCUUAAGGUUGGCGACAUGGUUUUACUUGAGAAGAACCAGCGUGUGCCGGCCGAUAUGGUUCUCCUAACAACAAGCGAGGAAGAAGGCACCUGUUUCAUCCGCACUGACCAGCUCGACGGCGAGACGGACUGGAAGCUCAAGGUCGCAGUAUCCGAGACGCAGCGGCUAGGCGACAAGGGCGUUGGAGGGAUAGAGGGCAGCCUCUACGCCGACCCGCCCAUCAAGGACAUCCACACUUUCUACGGUGUCCUCACUCUGCGCUCCACAGACCCAGGACUGCAGACCGAGACUGCGGUUCCGCUGUCAGUGGAGAACGUCAUGUGGGCAAAUACUGUUCUUGCCGCUGGAUCCGCCGUAGGUCUGGUCGUUUAUACCGGCAAGGAAACGCGCGCUGUUCUCAAUACUAGCGAACCCGGGACGAAAAUGGGAACUUUGGAGAAGGAGGUCAACAAGAUGGCCAAGAUUCUCUGUGCGGUCACGUUCGCUCUGUCGUUGUUUCUCGUUGCGCUGAACGGUUUCCGCGGACAGUGGUACAUCUAUGUUUUCCGCUUCCUCAUUCUGUUCUCGUCCAUCAUUCCCAUCAGUCUGCGUGUUAACCUUGAUAUGGCCAAGACCGUUUACUCGCACCUCAUCCAAACCGACCCCGAAAUUCCCCAGACAAUCGUCCGCACAAGUACUCUUCCUGAAGAGCUGGGGAGAAUUGAGUACCUCCUGACAGACAAAACCGGCACCUUGACCCGCAACGAAAUGGAGAUGAAGAAGCUCCACAUGGGGACUGUUGUCUUCACUUGGGAGUCGAUGGAUGAGGUAGCCCAUCUCCUGUCGCAGGCCUUUGGGGAACAGUCCCAGAAGCGACAGGGGUCUGUUGGCCUUGGCCCUGGGGUUGUGCCCCGCAGUCGCCGAGACAUCUCGACUCGCGUUAAGGAUGCUGUAAUGGCGCUGGCGACAUGUCACAACGUGACGCCUGUAACUAACGAUGAUGGGACUGUGACCUACCAGGCUUCGUCCCCGGACGAGGUGGCAAUUGUAGAGUGGACAGAAACCGUUGGGCUCACCCUCGCCUCGCGCGACCGCACAAGCAUGACCUUGCAGACUAAAAGCGGGCAAACACUGGCAUUCGACAUCCUAGCUGUCUUUCCGUUCACUUCCGAGUCGAAGCGCAUGGGCAUUAUCAUUCGCGAUCGCUCCUCUGGGGUCACUACCUUCGUUCAGAAGGGCGCCGACGUCGUCAUGUCCAAGAUCGUUCAGAAAAACGACUGGUUAGAUGAGGAGACCGGCAAUAUGGCGCGCGAGGGCCUGCGCACGCUGGUUGUUGGCCGGAAGCGUUUAUCGGACGAGAACUACGCUGCCUUCGACACGAAGUACAAGGAGGCGCAGCUAGUUCCCGGCGACGAGCGCACGGAGGCUAUGAGGGCUGUCGUCCAAGAGUAUCUGGAGUCGGACUUGGAGCUGCUGGCUCUGACUGGUGUGGAGGACAAGCUGCAGGACGACGUAAAAUCGACCCUCGAGCUCAUGCGCAACGCGGGGCUGAAGAUCUGGAUGUUGACCGGCGACAAAAUUGAGACGGCCACCAACAUCGCAGUGUCUAGCAAGCUCGUAUCACGCAAUCAAUACAUCCACCAAGUUGCGAAACUUCAAUCAUCUCACCAGGUCCGAGAUAUGCUUGACUUUCUUCAGGCCAAGCUUGACUGCUGCCUCGUUAUUGAUGGCGAAUCUCUCCAGCUUUGCCUGGACUCGUUCAGGACCGAGUUCGUCAUGUUAGCGACGCAGCUGCCCGCCGUGGUCGCGUGUCGUUGCUCGCCUACGCAAAAGGCCGACGUUGCAACCCUGAUCCGCGAGUUUAGUAAGAAAACGGUGUGCUGUAUCGGCGACGGAGGCAACGACGUCAGCAUGAUCCAGGCUGCCGAUGUUGGAGUCGGCAUUGUCGGCAAAGAGGGCAAGCAGGCGUCACUUGCCGCCGACUUUUCCAUCAACCAGUUCUCGUAUCUCACACAGCUGUUGCUCUGGCACGGGCGCAACUCGUAUAAGCGCUCUGCGAAACUGUCGCAGUUCGUUAUUCACCGCGGCUUGAUCAUCGCAGUCAUCCAAGCAGUCUUCAGCUCAAUCUUCUUCUUUGCGCCCAUCGCCCUCUACCAAGGAUGGCUGCAGGUGGGCUACGCCACCGUCUACACCAUGGCUCCAGUCUUCUCUCUCGUCCUCGAUCGCGAUGUGAACGAGGACACGGCGCUCAUGUACCCCGAGCUGUACAAGGAGCUCACCAAGGGCCGUUCCUUGAGCUACAGGACAUUCUUCACUUGGCUCACGAUCAGUGUCUACCAGGGCGGAACGAUUAUGCUCCUCUCCCUGCUCCUCUUUGAGUCUGAGUUCCUACACAUUGUGGCAAUCUCGUUCACGGCCCUCGUUCUGAACGAGCUCAUCAUGGUCGCAUUGGAGAUUACGACCUGGCACAAGUAUAUGGUGUUGAGCGAAAUUGCCACUGCCAUCAUAUACUUUGGCUCGAUGUGGAUCCUUCCAGAGUACUUUGACAUGCACUUCGUCCUCACGACCACUUUUAUUAGCAAGGUCGCCAUUAUCGUGGCGGUGUCCAGUCUACCACUCUACGUUAUCAAGGCAUUGCACCACCGACUCAAUCCAGCAGCAUAUGCGAAGGUCAACGAAUCUUAGAGCCAUAGACAUGUUUUACCAUGAUACAUCCAUCUGUACAGGAGAGCUAGGAGAAUGACGAGUAGAUUGAUUUUAAGAGGC